AAACACCACGCGGCAAGCCACGCUACGAACACAUACCGUGCUCAGUUGCUCACGGUGCCACUUGAUCACCUAUACAUGUCGAGACAUACGCUUGGUUGGUUCAGUGUUAAGCAUUAGUGCGUCACUAACUCGCACGCCACCUAAUGAUUGCUGCGUCCCGAGAAAAGGCAAAAGGCGUGACACCAACACGACGCCGUCUUCCCUUGCUUGCUUAUAGCUUGCAUUGCCAUCCUGUCCUCUCAUCUCAUCUCCUCGUGCCUCUUCUCCUACCUCCCCCUGGUCGCCACCUCCCGCCCUUUUUAAACCACCACCACUGCCAAAUUUGCUUGCCUCCCACCACCGCUUGGUCCCGCUGCCUAGCUAGUCUAGUUAGGCCACGCUUAGAUAGCUAGCUACGGCACGACGCGACGCGGAGCGACGCGAAGCUCCCCGGUAAUUCAAGGAGGGAGGUGUUGUGCGGGUUGGUUUUCUUUGAUGGGGUUGUCCACGGAUCACGGCGGCGCCGGCGGGAGGGCCAAGAAGCAGGGGUCGCAGCUGUGGAAGAAGGCCCUGCUGCAUUCCAGCCUCUGCUUCGUCAUGGGCUUCUUCACCGGCUUCGCGCCGUCGUCCGUGUCCGACUGGACGCCCGCGGCGGUCUCGUCAGGCGGGUUCGGGAGCAGCCACGUGGUCCGGGCGCUCCACGCGGCGGCGGGCGGGGCCGUGAACCGAAGCCUGUUGGCGCAGGACGCGGUCGGGGGCGAGGGGCGAGGGGACGCGGCGGCGUCCCCGCGGCCGCUGCUGGUGGUUGUGACGACGACGGAGUCGACGCCAGCGGCGGCUGGCGAGCGGGCGGCGGUGCUGACGAGGAUGGCGCACACGCUGCGGCUGGUUACGCCGCCGCUACUGUGGGUGGUGGUGGAGUCCGCCCCGGACGUGCCGGCGACGGCGCGGCUGCUGCGCGCUACGGGGCUCAUGUACCGUCACCUGACGUACAAGGACAACUUCACGGCCGCGGACACCGCCGCGGGCAAGGAGCGGCACCACCAGCGCAACGUCGCGCUCGGGCACAUCGAGCACCACCGCCUCGACGGCUUUGUCCUCUUCGCCGGCCUCGGCGACGUGUUCGACCUCCGCUUCUUCGACCAGCUCCGGCAAAUCAGUGCGUUCGGUGCGUGGCCAGUGGCGACGAUGUCGCGGGACGAGAGGAAGGUCGUCGUCCGGGGCCCCGCGUGCAGCUCGUCCGCGGUCGCCGGCUGGUUCUCCCGGGACUUCAGCAACGGCACCUCGGCGGCGGCCUCCACGGCUCGACCCCGCGAGGUGGACGUCCACGGCUUCGCCUUCAACAGCUCGGUGCUCUGGGACCCCGAGCGCUGGGGCCGCUACCCGGCCUCCGAGCCCGACAAAUCCCAGGACUCGAUGAAGUUCGUGCAACAAGUGGUUCUGGAAGAUUAUAGCAAAGUGAAGGGCAUUCCUUCCGAUUGUUCAGAGGUCAUGGUAUGGCACGUCGAUACAGCGGCUUCUUUUUCUUCUUCUUCGCAACCAUCUCCGGGGGACAAGAGAAGAUAGAAAGGUGAGUUAUAGAAGAGAAUGGACGAGCUGGAGGGGAGGUGUACAUUGUACAUGCAUGAUUACACCACCAAGCUGUUGAUCUCGGCAAAGGAAAAUUUUUUGUUUUCUCACCAGGGGAUGGAUCAACCUCUUCCCCUCUUCAUCAUAAUAUGUACAAUUUUCCACUAUUCUUUUUUUAAAAAUUGUGAUAUAUGUAUAAUUUUUUUUUGUUCAAGAGGGUUUAGGUGAAUACAUAAUACCCCCUUGAAGUGUCUCUCAAGGCUGUAAUGAAUAGAAGGCAAGCUAAAAAUCCACUUAUUAACAAUGAA